AUGCUAGUAAAGAGGCUGACCAGCAGCAGCAGCAGCAACAGCUGCAGCAGCAGCAGCAGCAGGAGCCGCAGCAGCAGCGGCAGCAGCAGGAGCCGCAGCAGCAGCAGCAGCAGCAGCAGCAGCAGCAGCAGGAUCAUCCCUGUUCUUACCAUGUCUUUAGAUGGAGUGCCCCCUUCAGUUAAGCGCGAGGUGCUGCAGCUGCCGCGCUGCAGCAGCGACUCCACAGCAGCAACAGCAGCAGCAGCAGCACCAGCAGCAGCAGCAGCACCAGCAGCAGCAGCAGCAGCAGCAACUCCUUUGCCCAUUUACUUUGACUUAAGCCCCCCUUCCCACGGGCUCUCCCGCUGGGCCCCCCGUGGCUUUGGGGCUUCUUCCCCUGCUGCUGCUGCUGCUGCUGCUGGUGCAGCAGCAGCAGCAGCAGCAGCAGCAGAAGCUGCAACACCCUGGCCAGAUGCUUCCCCCAGCCCAGCAGCACUUGAGGCUCCCCCAUCACUGCAGCCUGCAGCAGCAGCAGCAGCAGCAGCAGCAGCAGAAAACCCCGCUGCUGCUGUUGUUGCUGCAGAGAAGCGGCUGCCACUGGAAGAAAUGGCAGCAAAUGAACAUGCAGCAGCAGCAGCAGCAGCAGCAGAUGGGCUGCACUUUGCUUCUGCUGCUGCAAACAUAGCAGCAGCAGUAGCAGCAGCAGAGGGCGCAGCAGCAGGGAAGACUGGCGCAGCAGCAGCAGCAACAGCAACAGCAGCAGACUCUGCUGCUGCUGCUGCUGCUUCUGAUAUGGAGGAUGGAAUAGUCGAGGGCUGGGGCACUGUGCAGCAGCAGCAGCAGCAGCAGCAGCAGGAAGAACAGCAGCAACUGUCGAUAAGUACUGCAGCAGAUGCAGCAAGAGAGGAAUCCUCAGCAGCACAACCUGCUGCUGCUGCGUCUCCUGCAGCAGCAAAGUCCGAAGCAGCAACAGACCCAGAAGAAGAUGCAGCAGAAGCAGCAGCAGCAGCAGGAGCCGAAGCAGCAGCAGAAGCAGCAGAAGCAGCAGCCGCAGCAGCAGAAGCAGCAGAAGCAGCAGAAGCAGCUUGGAAGAAGUCUCUGGCGCUUCCCGUUGCUGCACAAGCAGCAGCUCCUGCUGCUGCAGUUGCUGCUGCAGCAGCAGCAGCUGAGAAAGCUCUUGCCAACCACACAGGAUAUGCAGCUGCCCACGCAGCCGAGCAGCCUGCUGCUGCUGCUGCUGCUGCUGCUGCUGCUGCUGCUGCUGCAGCCUACGCCCCAGAAAACACUGCAGCAGCAGACAAAUUUGAUAAUGAAAUUGCAGCAAUUUUCUCCCAGGGCCGCGGGACUCAGGCUCUAGCUGCGCAGCAGCAGCAGCAGCAGCAAUGGGAGCGACAGCAGCAGCAGCAGCAGCGGGAGCUCCAACAGCAGCAGCAGCAGCAGCAGCGGGAGCUCCAACAGCAGCAGCAGCAGCAGCAACAGCAGCAGCUGCUGCAGCGCGAAUAUGUGCAAGAAAAGGAGCGUGAGAUACAGCGGCUGCAGCGGAUGCUGGCUGUUAGUCAGUCUCAGCUGCAGUCUUUAAGGGAGCUCGCGCUGAGGAAAGAGGCUCAGGCUGCUGCUGCGCUUGACUCGCUCGCAGCAGCAGAAGCUCGCGCUUCUGCUUCUGCUGCUGCUGCUGCAGCAGCAGAAGCAGAAGCAGACAACCUAAAACGGGAGCACAGCCUGCUGCAGCAGCAGCUGCAGCAGUCAAGCCAAGCAGCAGUGGCGUCUGCAUCUGAAGCGGCAAGAAUACACGAUCUUCAGCUUCAGUUGAGGCAGCAAGACACGCAGAUCAUGGGACUCCAGAGGGCACUGGCUGCGCGGGAGUUUGACGUGGAGCGGAAGCAGCAAAUUGUGAAAACUUUAAAAGAGGAAAUUGCAUUUAAAGAAGAAGCUCUUUAUAACAUUCGCAAGGAGCUGGACGAGGAGCGGCUGCGGCUGCAGCAAGUGGAAGGCCAAGGCCUUGCUGCAGCAGCACAAAAGUGCAUAAAUGCUGAAAGCCGUUUGGCUUUAGCUAUGGAAGAGGCGAUGGCGGCGAAAGAUAAGGAAAUAUAUCAGACGCGCAGUUUGCUGCAGCAGCAGCAGCAGCAGCAGCAACAGCAGCAGCAGCAGCAGCACAGUGUUGCCUUUGAGCUGCAGGCAGCUGCGCAGCGUGCAGAGGAAGCAGACAGAGCAGCAGCAGCACGGGUCGAGUCUCUGCAGCAAGAGAUUCAGAGGCUCAAAGAAAUGAGUGCUGAGGCAGCCGUCACUGCAACGGCUCAGGUGGACGUGCUGCGCCGUGGCUACGAAGAGCUGCUGCAGCAGCUGCAGCAGCAGACGGAGCGGGCUGAAGCGCUGCAGCAAGACUCGUUGCUGCUUGAAAAGUCUGCUGCAGAUCGCCAGCAGCAGCCGGCAUUGAAGCUGCCGCAGCAGCAGCAGCAGCUGCAGCUGGAGCUCCCCAACAGCAGCAGCAGCAGCGCUUCUAAAAUGCUGCUGCCGCCAAGUGAUUUGCAGGGUUUCCAGCAGCGAAGUAUAGAGAUAGAUCUUACGCUGCAGCAGCUGAUGCAGCAGAGCAAUCAUCAGCAGCAGCAGCAGCAGCUGCUGUUGGCGCCGCAGCAGCAGCAGCUCCUGAAGCCACCGCAGCACCACUCACAGCAGCAGCAGCAGCAGCAGCGGCUCCGGCUGCAAGAAGACGCCAGUCAUUCUCCUCUUUACAGCAGCAGCAGCAGCAGCGCGGAAGCUGCAGCAGCAUUUCUGGGCGGCCAGAGGCAGCAAACGCGAACGCGCGAGCAGCAGCAGCAGCAGCAGCAGCAGCAGCAGCAGCAGCAGCAACAACGGCACGAAGUGCUUUCCUCGGACGUUGCUACAUUAGACGACGAAGAGGAGCUUGAGGAAGAAGUGCAGCGCUACAACAGCCGCCUUGGGGGCCCUUUGCUGCGUCGAGUUAGAGGAAAUGUUUAUUUAUAUGGCAUUAAAAGAGUGGAGCUGCGGCUCCUCAACUCCAAACUCAUGACGAAGGGUUGGGGUGUGGCAGGGAAGCAGCAGCAGCAGCAGCAACAGCAACAGCAGCAGCAACAGCAGCAGCAACAGCAUGAUGCGGGCGCCGUGGCAUUGCGGCGCAGCAGCUCCCGCAAGUUCGGUCAGCGGCGGAACUCGCCUGCCCCUCAGCCGGUGCAGCAGCAGCAGCAGCAGCAGCAGCAGCAGCAGCAGCUGAAGCAGCAGCAGCUGCUGCGUUUCGUUGAUCUCGACCGCUUCUGCUGCUCUCCGGUUUCCCCGGCAGAGCAGUCGCUUGUCUCAAAGGCAGCAGCAGCAGCCGCAGCAGCAGCAGCAGCAGCCGCAGCAGCAGCAGCAGCAGCAAUACUGCGGGAAGGAGCAUUGCCGCCGCCUUCGCAGACUCCUCUGCAUCGCUCACUAGCAGCAGCAGCAGCAGCAGCAGGACAACGACAAGCAUCAGCAGCAGCAGCAGGACAACGACAAGCAUCAGCAUCAGCAGCAGCAGCAGCAGGACAACGACAACUAUCAGCAGCAGCAGCAGCACCGAACGCCCCACACCAGCCGCUGCAGCAGCAGCAAAAGCCGCGCCCCACCUCCUGCAUCCCCAGCAUUCCUCCCCCUCUCCCUCCCCCACCCGCAGCAGCAGCAGCAGCAGCAGCAGCAGCAGCAGCAGCAGCA